CCCUGUCCUCCUGGGUGAGACAGACUUGUGCUGGGCAGCUGAGGAUCUGCUCAGAGCGCGGCAGUCCCUCCGCGGAUCCGGACACCAGGUGCUCGGUGUUUUUACGCACGGAAGGAGGAGAUUACCUGGAAAUGCUGGCAUCGUGAGGAGGAGGAUCGAGCAGUUUCCCCACUAAAAUCUCCGGGAAUAUUGUGUUAUUUUGAAAGUCAGCAUCUUGUAAAAGCGGGAGGACAUCGGUCCAGAAUGGAGGGAUUUACACCUUAUUUCAGCGUCAUCAUUCCUGCGCUACUGUUGGCCACCGCGUCUGCCACCAAGUUAAAUGUACCGCGACUGAGACUCUCCUAUAAAGACCUGCUGUCCACCAACCGGUCGUCCAUCUUCAGCGGACAUCACGGCCAGCUGUCUCUGACCGCCGUCUUCCUGGACGAGUACCGCGACCGACUCUUCCUGGGAGGGAAAGACGUCCUGUACUCUCUGCUGCUGGGACCCACCAGCAGCGAGUCCAGAGAGAUCUACUGGCCUCCGCUACCUGGAAACAGAGAGGACUGCAUCCAGACAGGGAAGGAACCGCAGACCGAAUGCGCCAACUUUGUUCGCCUCCUGCAGCCCUACAACCGAACUCACCUCCUGGCCUGCGGUACCGGAGCCUUCCAGCCCAUGUGUGCCUUCAUCUCUGUGGGCCACAGAGGAGAGCAUGUCUUCACCAUGGACCCUCUGAACGUGGAGAACGGACGAGGGAAGGUUCCUCAUGAUCCCAGCUUCCCCUUCGCCAGCACCUUCAGUGGUGGUGAGCUGUAUACCGGACUGACAGCAGAUUUCCUGGGCAGAGACUCGGUGAUCUUCAGGAGUAUGGGAGAACGUUCCACCAUGAGGACGGAGACGGACCAGAAGCUCCUUCAUGACCCCAAGUUCAUCGCCGCCCACCUCAUCCCAGACAACGACGACCGAGACAACGAUAAAGUCUAUUUCUUCUUCACGGAGAAAGCCACCGAGGCGGGAGACCGGGAGGGAGCUAUUCACACCCGGGUGGGACGAGUGUGUGCGAAUGACGUUGGAGGCCAGAGAGUUCUGGUCAACAAGUGGAGCACCUUCAUCAAAGCCAGGCUAGUGUGUUCUGUAGCCGGACCUCACGGCAUCGACACACACUUCAACCAGCUGGAGGACGUCUUCCUGCUGAGGACCAAAGAUGAGAGGAACCCAGACGUCUACGCCAUCUUCAGCACCAUCAGUAACGUGUUCCAGGGCUUUGCUGUGUGUGUUUACCGCAUGGCCGACAUCAGAGAAGCCUUCAACGGACCGUUUGCUCAUAAGGAAGGUCCUGACUACCAGUGGGGAGCUUAUGAAGGCCGAGUUCCUUAUCCGAGGCCAGGCGUGUGUCCCAGUAAAAUCACCAACCAGCCGGGGAAGGAGUUCGGUAGCACCAAGGACUUCCCUGAUUCGGUGCUGCAGUUUGCUCGGAGCCACCCGCUGAUGUGGCGGCCGGUGUUUCCCGCCCUGCGCCAACCUGUGCUCGUCAAAGCCAACAUUCCUUACAAGCUGAAGCAGAUCGUGGUGGACCGGGUGGAGGCGGAGGACGGGCAGUAUGAUGUCAUGUUCAUUGGCACAGAUGUGGGUACCAUACUGAAGGUCAUCGCUCUGCACAGUGGAAACAGUCUGGAGACAGAAGAGGUCACACUGGAGGAGCUGCAAGUCUUUAAGGUUCCAACUCCAAUUACAUCAAUGGACAUAUCCGUAAAAAGGCAAGCCCUGUACGUGGGCUCUCCAGCAGGUGUUGCUCAGGUGAAGCUGCAUCGCUGUGAGAUGUACGGUAAAGCCUGCGCUGAGUGCUGCCUGGCCAGAGAUCCGUACUGCGCCUGGGACGGAUCGUCCUGCUCCAGAUACGUUCCCAACAGCAAACGCCGCUUCCGCAGACAAGACAUCCGACAUGGAAACCCGGCGCUGCAGUGUGUGGAUCAGAAUCUCAGCGAAGACCUGGAUGUGACUGAGGACAAGAUGGUCUACGGGACUGAGAACAACAGCACCUUCCUGGAGUGUGUUCCUCGGUCUCCUCAAGCUUCUGUCUCCUGGUUGGUCCAACGCGACGACCGCAAGGAAGAGGUGAAGCUGGAUGAUCGUGUGAUGUCUACAGACCAGGGUCUUCUGUUCCGUCGUCUCUUCCAUCAGGAUGAAGGCAUUUACAUCUGCCACUCCAGAGAGCACGGCUUCACCCAAACCCUGGCCCGCCUCACCCUCCAAGUCCUCCCAGGGGAGACGGUGGACGAGCUCAUGGCCCGAGACAACGCAGGCCUCUCGGACUCGUUUAAAGACCGGUCUGGAGGAAACUACCGGGCCUGGAUGCCGUGCAGCUCAUACAGCAGGGGCGCUUCAUCGAGCCAGAUGAGCCAGUCGCGUUCGUGGUUCAAGGACGUCAUCCAGCUGAUCGGACCGUCCAACCUGCCCCUCGUGGAGGAUUACUGCGAGAGGAUGUGGUGCAACGACAAGCUGAGGAGGAAGCACAAGAGCAUGCUGGAGAAAUACCGGCAGGCCCAGGAGGGUGCCAGGAAGGCUCGAAGCAAGAGCUCUGGAGAACGCAACCGGACGCCACGAGAUCUACGAGCACAGGAGGGCUACUGAAGAGAGGAGGUGGAACAAAAAGAACUGAAAGUGGAAAAAGAGACAAAGAAUAUGGUUCAGGAAAAGCUCAAAGGGCCGGCAUGAAAGAGCUUUGUAGUGGUUGAAACCUUCUUACUCAGAUCUCUAAGAACAAAGUAGAUGUUUUGACCAUUUAACAGGAUCAAUUUUAGUGUAUAAAGUUCUAAAAAACACUCUUGAGGAAAGCACAACUUGAUUUAAAACUCUCCUGAAUGCUGUUUCACUUAGUGUCACCGCAGACAGAAUGUAGGGGUUUAAGUUUUUAUUAAGCUGGUGUAUAAAGUUGAUGUAUGCAGAUCGAGGUUCAAGCUGUCGGCCCUGAAAAAGACAGAUGUGUUCAUAUGUCUGGAAAGACAAAUGCAACAAGAGACUGCUGAACUGAACAGGUCGCUGCAGACAGGAUGACUGAUCAAUAGAAGAGGAUGCUUUCUAAAAUCCUGAUUACCAAGGACUCCUUCCUCUCUCACACUUCUGUGCUUGUAUAGUUCUAUUAUCACUGAAAAGACAGAAGUUACUUUCAUUUCUCGAGUCAUUCUUCACUGAGCGACCCUCACAGAAACAGAAACACCCGUCGGCUGAUUUUUACUGACAGCAGACUCAUACAUCACAAUGUUCUGUCUUCUUUGACUUGUUCACACACUUAUUUCCAUGACUUCUUUGGAUGCAUUUCACUGCAAUCACUGGACUCAUUUCCUUCCCACUUUGCCUUUAAUGGUCCGUGUCUCUUAGCUUGGAUUUAUUAUGAAAUGUUCACAUUUGACUGCAGCUCAUCACUGACUUUGCAGCGUAUUUAUGAGAGGAACCAGUGAAGCACACAGGUUUAGACACUGAUCUUUCCAUUAUACAUUGACAUACAGGCUCUUACAUAAGCUAGCUCUAACUGGACUCACAAUGAGACGACUGUUGAUGGUUCAACAGAUUAAACUGCUUUAUUUUUACCCCAGUGGGCUGAACUUUCCAUUAAACACCAGCUAGAAAUCCCUUCUAUCCAGUCCUUAGAAGGGAUAUUUCACAAUGGCUUGUUUUUAAUGCUUUUGGUUACAGACGAUCUCCAGUAUUUACCUUCUUGAGGAACCCAGAGAGCUUCAGUAGAAGGAAAGUGGACUUCACUUUUUGGUCCAGUUGUCUUCUGAAGAAGCUGUUGGGACUUUCUUGUCCUAGAUCAGGGGUGUCAAACUCAUCUUAGUUCAGGUUCCACAUUCAGCCCAGUGUUUCCUUUGUUUUAGUGCAAAAAAGAACAUUCUAAAAAUGUUCACAGUUAAGGAAUUAUCUUUUUACAAAACAUCACGAACAACUUGAAAUUUCCAUUAUCCAUCCAUCCAUUAUCUAUACACUGCUUAAUCCUCACUAGGGUCAUGGGGGGGCUGGAGUCUAUCCCAGCUGACUCAGGUGAAGGCAGGGGACACCCUAGACAGGUCACCAGUCUGUCACAGGGCUACAUACAGAGACAAACAAUCACUCUCACAUUCACACCUACGGGCAAUUUAGAAUGAUCAAUUAACCUCAGCAUAUUUUUGGACUGUGGGAGGAAGCCGGAGUACCCGGAGAAAACCCACGCAUGCACAGGGAGAACAUGCAAACUCCAUGCAGAAAGAUACCGGGAAAGCCGGGACGCGAACCAGGGACCUUCUAGCUGCAAGGUGAAAGUGCUAACCACUACACCACUGUGCAGCCCCUCAACUUGAAAUUUCUUAAGAAAAAUAAGUUCACCAACAUUCAGCCUCAGUUUAUCAUUUCCACAUUACAACUUCCAGAUCACAGAGUGUCUACAAAGGAACACAACAUUUAGUCAUCUGGAACUGAACCAGAGAGGAUUUACUGGAGGAUCAAAACAACAAAAUUCAGACAAAAGACAAAAACCAACAAAAACAAGACAAAAUAUCACAAAAAUGAGAAACAAAACAACUAAAAAAUGAGACAAAUAAUGCAAGCGAGACAAAAAAAACAACAAAAUGACACAAAUGAUUCACAAAGCACCACAUAAAGUGAAACACAAAAUGACAAAGACAAAAACAAAUGAGACAAAAAGGAAACACAAAAUGACAAAAACAUGAGACAAAUGACAAAAAUCAGACAAAACAAAAAAAACGAGACAAAAUAUUACAAAAAUGAGACACAAGACAACUAAAGAACAAUGAACAAUCUAGUAUUUAACUUUCUGAUCCAAACAACUUGUCAUGGUCUAGGAAUGAUUUUAAAUUUAUAGUUUUACUAAUUUACAAUCUGCAGUUAAUGUCUUCUCUGGAAUUUUUACACUUUGAGGGCCGGAUUGGACCCUCUGGAGGACCGCUUUUGGCCCGCGGACCUCAUGUUGGACACCCCUGACAGGUGACUUAGAAUCUACAUCUGACAAAGUGACAUUAAAGCCAAUCCACCGAGAAAAAUCAACAUUUUCAUGAUUAGUUAAUUUUUCACACUUAUUUUAAUCACUCAGGUUAUUGUUUAGUCUUUAAAGUGCCAGAAAACAGUCAAAAGUUACCAGAGUCCAAGGACACAUUUACAAAUUCUUGUUUUCUUUCCCAGCAUUGAUCUAAAAAACAGCCACAAGAAGAAAUUCUACAAGCCGCCCUCUUUCUGGUGACCUCACCUCACACUUUAAUCAUCCACUAAACUCAUUUUCCCACAGUUCCUCUGUGAGCCGAAGCGUUCCAGCGAUAAUAAGAGAACAAUAGAAGGGUAGAGUGUAAUGGCCGGCUCUGUGCUCUGUAAAUACUAGUUCUGAGAUGGUUUAUGCUCUGAACGCAGUAUAAUCCACACGGUUAUUGUCUCCAGCUUUGUUGUAGAAAUAUUACUUUUAUGGUUUUGGAAAAACGUUCUCUUCCAAAUGAACAGGUGGAAAAAAAGAAGAGAGGAGAGAUGGAGGACAUAUGUCAGCAGUAGAGGGGCUGGAAAUGAAAAAUAAACUGUGAGAGGAUCGUACAUGGAGGAUAAACUGGGUUCAGAUGGGAGAAAAAGUAACACAUUCUCCACGUUAUAUAAAAAUAAUAAGUCCUAUAGAACGACACAUCUACCAGCAGGACACCACAGAGUUGCACCAGAUCUGUUAAUAAAUAAAUCAGUUUACUGAUUCCACACUGCUGUUGUUAAAGUUUGAUCAGAUUCAAGAACUAAACAUCUUAGUGUGCUGCAGAGAAAGACUAGUUUGAGUGAUUUUCAUCAUCGUUUUUACAACAAUAAAUGGUUAGAUAGAAAUUAAAUGGUUAAAGUAUAUAAACAAAUGUUGACUAUUGGAAUAAAAUGAGAAAUCAACGUUGUUGUCCAAAUACUCCACACUCAUUAGUCCUCCAAUUGGCGCCAUCAGACCACCGUCAUAAUCACUAAGGUCAUUAGAACACAGUUACUUCAACGUAAACACGUUUUUGGACAGUUUGUUAAAAUAACUGACCUCUUUUUCUUGACUCAAAAACCUUAAAAAAUGAAAAACAGGAACUGUACAAUGAGAAGUAAUGCAGAGUUUCAUUUUCCCUGAGGGCUGCAUGUGCAUUAGACCAACAUCUUUGGCAGUUCUGGAACAAAAGAGAUUAAAAACUUGUCAGCAGAAGUGUCAAUACAGUUUGAUUUAUUCUAGACCGAUUCUUUCAAAACAUUGCAUGUUACAUUUCGAAUGAAUGACGAAAGUUUGGCAUCAGGAUUUACAUUUACAUUGAGGAAAAACAUAAAUGCAGCAUCCAAAUACUCAUCUUUUCUAACUUGGAGAAAAAGUUCUAAAUGUAAUUUGUGUUGUUUUGGUUAGAAAAGGGUUCAAUUUAACCAAGAAGGAUAAAAAUUUUGAGUCAUUCAACUGGUGAAUCUACAGCCCAGUCAGAUGUGGCUUUAAAGGACAAUGAUCUGAUAGUGUGACCAGAACAAAGAUACUCCAGUAUGAUAAAAAGUCCACCUUAAAAAUGCAGCUUUAUUCAAAUGAAACGAUAGAGAUGAGAACAAUCUGAUGGCCUGCCUGAUGCACAUUAAUAUUCUACAAAAACUGCAUUUGUCAUAUAAAAAAUCCUUUCAUACAUCCUGGUACUACAGAUAAUCUGUCAUGUGUCCAACAACAUCGUCUUGUCUCCAGCGUCCUCUAACUUCACCAAGUCCUUCAGGAAGCGUUGGACAACAGCUUUGACGACCUCAUUAACUCCAUGUGUUGCAGAUGUGUGAUUCGUUACUGACUUUAGAUUUAAGGUCGAUGAUCCCACCUUCAGUCUGCUCCUGAUUGGUUGAUUCAUGAUGUCUGUUCUGCUGUAGAGAUGUGUUGGUAGCAGAAAUACUUACUGCCCUACAUUAAAAAGAAGGACUCAAAUUCAAUAAAAUGUUACAUGCUGCAUUUAUAUUUUUAUUCAGUGUAUAUAGAACAUUUCAUUCCUGGUAAAGUCAUCGUGUUUUACAGCAAAAAAUCAUGAAGUCUAGACCGGGGGAGUCAAACUCAUCUUAGUUUGUUUAGUUCAGCCCAAAUUCAGUCCAGUCUGAUCUCCAGUGGGCCGCAUCAGUAAAAUCACAGCAUAAUAAUCACAACUCUGAAUGUUUCCGUUUGUUUUAGUGCAAAAAAUGCUCACAUUUAAUGGACUAUCUUUUUACAAAACACUCUGAGCAUCCUGCAUUUUCUUAAGAAAAAUAAAUUUCAGCAACAUUCAGCCUCAGUUUAUCAUUUCCACAUUACAGAUCACAGAGUGUCUAGAAAGGAACACAACAUUUAGUCACAUUUUACUCUAUGAUUAUAAAAUAAAAUACUAUAUCAAGGUCUGGAAAAUAUUUCAAAUUUAACUGUAUUUUAAACUUUGCAAAGUCAUUCUGAGGGCCGGAUUGGACCUUCUGGAGGGCCAGUUUUGGCCCGCAGGCCGUAUGUUUGACACCCCUGUUCUAGAUAGUUCCACUUAGAACUGUAAUAAUAAUUCCUACAUUAAAUCCACCAAAACAGCAGCUGUUCCUGCUAAAAUAUGGAGGACAUUCUAUGAAUAACUUACCUCCUGAAUGGUGUUUCUAUUCCGGGAUUCCUUUCAUUGUUCAGAAUCAGUCGGGAAGCAACAAUAACGCCGAUGAACUCUGCAGCCCUUUUUGACCUUCAUGGCAUGUGAAAGUUUCCCAGAGGAGAAAUGAAACCAGAGGAGUGAAGUUCUUUUUACAUUCUACUGGAAGCAUCCUAUGAAGGCUGCAUUUUAAAAUCCCUAAUAAACAGAUUUUUCCACCCUUCAUCACCCUGUAUACAUAAUCAGACAGUUUAAUCCCUAUUAGUGCAGCACACUUCAGCACAUGUUUAACUUGUAGUUUAUUUUCAGUUUGGAGAGCGUGAGAUUGGCUAAUAGGCUGUACUCGUGAUGAUUUCUCUAAAAAUAUUGCUUCUAAUGUGUUGUUAACUAAGAGAACAUGAUGGGAUGGCAGGGUAACAAAACUGAAAACUAAAUAAUAAACCUGCAUAAAGUAUGUUUUUCUGAGCAUUUUAUAUUUUUAUGUUGCAUAAAUAAUUAAAUUUAGCGGAAUCGUUUGUCUGCUUCUUCUCCAGGUUGUGAAUAAAACGGUUUAAUGUGUGAAUAUCUGAACAUACAAGCUUCCAUUUUACAAUAAAAACAUCAUAAGAUGGAACCGCCAGAGAAAACACUGACAUUUUUGGUUUUUUUUUUCUUGCUUGACAUGUAAUUUGUUUAAUUUAACACGUGGAAUUAGUAGCUGCAGACAGAAAUCUGCCGUGAGUGUGCACGUUCACAGAUAAUGUAAAUCCACUGAAUGCAUCUUUAGUUGUGUACAGCUGCACAGUGUUGUGGUUUUGCAUGUGGCUUUUUAUAUUUUCUACUUAAUCUUAUGACUUCCUGUAGCUCAUGAUCAGUUUGUCUUUUUGGAUUCAGAGCGCCAGCUGUAGCGUCUGAUGAGCUCCCUGAUGGAUCUGGUCUUUCAUUUAAACACUGCUGGUUUCACUGCAGCUAGUCUAUAUAAACCCAACUGGAGCGCCAGUCACUGGGAGAACAGCAAAGAGAAGGUUGUAAUUGAGUUAGUUGGGAUUUAUCUGUGACUGUAAGGCCCAGAAACUUGUCAACAGUCUGGCUGAUGCAGAAUAUUUUCAUCCUGAAGGGUUCAACUAGCAGAAAUGAGUUUGAAGCAGGGUGGAAUAAACCCUAAAAUGCCCAGACUGAGUUUAGUAUGACUUCUGGGAGAGUGGUUCACUCCAGAUACAGUGUUACAGCAGCGCUUCCAAUGUUAGACCAUUCUUGAAAACCCAAAAGUUUGAACCCAUUUUUCUUAAAAACUAAUAAAGUCGGUUAGACUAGACUACUUCCAAACCCUUCAGCUGAACUUCAGACAAUUCUGACUGAAACGUGCAAGAAUCUUCAUUACGUUGUAAAAGUGUGUGCUGGUUGUGGUUCUCUGACAAAAAGAGCCUAAUUUAAAUGUGUAUUUAUUAAAGUGUCUUUCUACUGUGCAUGCUAUAAACCCUGUACACCAUUUAACAUCAUUAAAAGUUGAUGAUUUUUAACAUGAA